GAUUUAUAGAUCUCCCUCCUGCAACCUGCGGGUUUUACAGGUCCACCACAUCUGUGUCAGGAGGCCCUGCAUGCCUGCAGCGGCAGGACAGGCGUCUGCAUGUCUGCUGUCAGCACGGUCGCAUAAAUACCUGCAGGUCCAGAUGCUGUGCACACUGUCAGAGUGUCUGCAGGUGGAGGACAGAAGAGGAAGCUGAGAGACGCCAACAUGGUCCCACUGAGGCUGGUCAUCUUUGGAUGUGAGUGUUCGCUCUGUUUCUGCUCUGAUUCUCUGGUUGUUUCAUUUUUAGCUCUAAUCUCUGCCAAGACUGGAGACUUUCCACCACAGCGAAAACUUCAGCAUAUUAAGUUUACCAACUCUAUAUUUUUGAUAGCUGUAGUUCUGUCAUUCAUUAGUGUAAAAUAAUGCAUGUAAAUCAGAUCAUAGUUAUAUAUAUGUUAAUUCUUGUAACAUUUUUAGCAUAAGAAGUGACAAAGAGUUUAUUCUUCAUACUCCAAUUAUUGGAGAAGAUGAAUAGUUGAGUGGUUUAAUCCUGUCUUUAAGGGUUAAAAUUGUGUCAGCUUCCAUAACUGGACACUUAACUUGUCAGUCAAACCUUCAGGAUAUUUUAUACAAUUAUACAGAAGUUACACAAUAUUUGGGUUAUAUUUUUAGACACUGUUUCCAAAGCAGAGAUUAUAGUCAGUCUGUUUUAUGUUCUCAACUUGAAAUGUGUUUAAAAAUGUUUGUAGUGUCAGUGUGAAAUUUUCUGUUUAUUAGCCAUUGCUGUUUCUUAUUUAUUAACUCUGUUAUUGAGAAUUCCCACCUUCAUAUUACUACUAUUCAACAUGGAUGUAUUUUAUUGCAUCAAAUUGUUUCCUUUCCUUUUUUAUGAGCUCUUUGUGUCUUAUCUUCAAGGACGUAGGGUUCAUGUUUUACCGUAUGUUCGUCUUACCCCCUCAUUACCCCAAACUCCUUAAGACAAAGCUACUUAUGGAAAGUAAUGGAACCUGAGCCAAGUGGCAAAGUUGCAUUUCCUCAGCAGAAAAUCAGCAGAAAUGCAUAAACUUGAGAAAAUUUGGUAUUUUCACAAGUUAUAUCAGAACUAAGAAAAAGUAACAGCUGUGCAGACCAAGUACUGUAACCGUACAAGUAGAAGUAAUGGUAGUUUAAGUAGUUAAGAUAGUUGUUCUUUUCUUUUAUACAUGAACACUGUAAAUGACAGCCAAAUGUGGACAGUAAUGGAGACAAACUACAGACAUGAUAUUUUCCGUAGCAGAAAAUGAGUGGAAAUGCUCAGCGUAUUGGAAAACACUGUUUAAAGUAUCAGUCUGAGAAAAUGUAACAAUAAGGGUAUUUUGUUCGAGUAGAAGUAGAUGUAGAGAAAGUUUUCCGAUUCAGUGCAGAUCCUCAAGUUACAUGAACAUGUUUAACUGAACUCCUUUAAAGACCCUCUAUUGUUGACUGCUCAGGGGUUAGAAAGCAGUUUUUAUUGUUUACAGUUCAGAUUGUUUUUCUUUUCGUGCCUCUGAACACAUCUGAACAAUUACUGAGUUUAAAGCUGUGACUGAUGGACUCGUGUUUUUUCAGUGCUGGCUGCAGCUUGGUAUCUCACGGGUGCUGCUGGUAAGUGCAAUGAAACAUGACAGAUCCAAUUUAAGCCAAAACUUCAAAGUUUAGAUAGUUUACAACAGCUUUUGACUUGUUAUCAAUAUACAGUUUUUAUUAAGAAACCUAUCAAUUUUUCUAUCAAAAAAUACAGUGUAAUUCACUUUUAUUAAACUAAAAUUGGACAUUAUGAACAUUUCUGUGAAUUGUAUUGAAGACACACUGUGAAUAUAUAACAUGAAUAAAAUACAUAAAGAAGUUCAAAAUAACAAAAGUAUUUUUUUUUAAUUGAGCAUGAUUUGAAACAAAGUGUGAGAGUGCUUUAAUAUUAUAUUAAUGCACAUCCAAAACAGAUAAACAACACAUAAGGGUGAAACCUUGACUUAGAACAGCAGCAAGACUGUGAGGAUGAUGAGAAUGAUGAAGACACUCUUCGAACUUUGUGUUUUUCAGAGGGAGAGAUCAUCUAUGCCUGUCAUAAUGAAACCGCUGAGAUGUCAUGUGGUAAGAAUCUUUCAUGGUGUUGUACUCAAGCAGAAACCCCCCCUGGGGGAAACUGCAGUUCUCUGAGCGUCCACUAGAGGCUGGCUGCAGAAUCAGUUCCUGUUGUCCACAAGAGAACGGUUAUCCCUGCAUGCAUGAGCAAAUCUAUAGACACUGAACCAUAAAAAUGACAAAGAUAAAGCAAAUAGCACAAAGAAAACAGUUCAAACUGUUUCUUUAAGUGGAAAUGUUUCAAAAUCUCUGAGAAGUGUCCAAAGACGAAAUCAGAAGAAAUCAGGCUGUAGCUAAGACUCGGUUCAUUCUGUCCUUCAGACGUUGGCAGCAAAAUAAAGUUGGAACAUAUCCUCUACAAAGUCGGGGUGGGGACAAGGUGUGGGGAGGGAAAACGCCAUCCAGAGGAUGGACCCGACACCUACUGCACCUUCCCCUGGGCGGAGAUGGUGGUGGAGGACCUGUGAGGACACUUUUCCUUUUCUUUGUACAUUAAAUGAUGUAAGGCCUGUUUGAGUUUUCUCUUCCCUCUAGGGCAGACAGCAGGUAGAAAUACCAGAAAAUGUUUAUACAUUAAUAUCUCUGGUAAGCACUGAGAGGUUGAGGAAUUUGUAACAACAACAAAAAAGAAAGAAAUUUAACUAACUUAAGUUGAAGAAGGAAAUUUGAGAUCAGCUGAGAAAUAAUGUUCACGAAGGUAAAAAAAAAAAAAAAAAAAAGAGUCAGAAGAGCAGUGGGUUCACUCUUAUCUGAAUUCAUACAAUCAGGUUUGGAGUCGCCACCUGCUGGUCAUUUGAGAGAAUGCAGAUCCUCCCUGCUCUGACCUCACUGUCUUCCUCUUUUGUCAUCUCAGCUGUGGGAACAGACGCUCCUGUAAGGUCCCCGUCACAGAGUGGGUGUUUGGUGAAUAUCCCUGCAAAGAGGAGACCAGGUACCUGGAGGUGUCCUACACCUGUGCCACACCACCCCCUCCCCCUCCACCACCUCCACCUCCAACCAAACCUGACUGUACGUACACACUCUUACUCAUAUUUCAUCCAGUAUGAACCUCAAAAAAGCUCCUGAGGGAUGUAAGAUAACAAUAAUAAUGAAAGGACUUGUGUAAAAGUAAAAGUACAAGUACAGGAUUGGGUUGGAGCGUCUCAUUCUCAGUAAAAAAAAAAAAAAAAAAAAAAAGGGUUAUUCCCUGAUUUUUGUGUCUAGUGCUAUGACUCAUCUCUGAUUUUGUUUUUCUCCUCAGGUGAAGAUAAAUCUGCCGCUGAAGCCUGAAGGUUUUAAAAUGUCAUUGUUUGAAGCAGAACAGACAAAACACUCUCAUCAUUUCUGUUUAGAGUCUUUGUUAAAUGUAACUUUUUAAGUCCCACCUAUUGGAUUUUUAUCGUUCACAAGAAGAAAUAAUCCUUUUAAAUCUUCAAGUUAGACUUUCAUCCAGUUUAAUGAAGAAUCAAAAGUG